UAAUACUGGUGAGCUCUUCGCAGCUGAGAGUUAGUGAAUGGCUAAAAGUCGAAUGGGAUGGCCAUCCUUGUGAUGAUUUAAAACUUAGUGACAUUAAAUCUAUUCUUGCCACAGAUGUUCCCGGUUCUGACCAUAAAGCUUGUUCUUUCUUGACCUACUUUUUGCCGGAAAAUUUAUCUGCUGGUAGAUUUCCGCAGACAAGAUUGGUUCAUUACCAGCUCGUGAAAUUGUUUUUGUCCAAGGGAAGCCAUCAUGACUUCAUUAAGAUGGAUAUAUUCCUAAAAAGUUAUAUUAGGUACUUUACCAAAUGUGGAGAAUCUAGCCUCGUAUUCGGCUUCAUCAAAUAUCUUGUCUCACGUGCUCAUCAUAUCAAAGCAGUGGAAAAACUGGUCAAGAAUAAAGAAUUGUUUAUGGACACCUACAGGGAGCUCAGAGAUACUUGGGAAGAUCCAUCAAGAUAUUCUUCAGUGCGAAGAUACCUUAGGAUGACUUCUGUAGCUCUUUUCUUUUUAGACGAACUUGAUAGAAGAUGUAGAACUGUUGGCGUGGAUUGGCGACAGGCAAUAUAUGACGACGAUUUUGUAGAGGAAUUUUGGAGGAAUGUUUUCAUGGGCUCCUCUUCUUAGAGUUGUUUUGAGGCUUGACAAUAAAGGCAUAGAGAAAGCUAACAAUCUUACUCAGAAAAUCAAGCAGCACAUCGAUCAGGGAGAGUAUGAAGCUGCAACUAAUUCAUGGAUUGAACUUGAGGAGGUUACAGUAAUUCUGUGGAUUUAUACAAUUUCCCCUUGGAUUCUGCACUUGAUCCUCUCUCCACAAGAGCUGUUGAACUAUCUCAAAAAGUCAAGUCGAAAAGAAACUCAACAUAUUUGGCUUCUUUGAGGUCUGUGCCAGGCGGUGAAGCUGAUCUAAACACUUUAAUGAAUGGCGUUCUUAGAGAAAACAUAAGAUAAUCCGAGAAGAUGUGCAAUGGGGAGGGCAAGCAGGAUCUGUUUUCAUUGCUCUUGCAUAAGAAUUUUAUGAAGCCAAGGAUCAAUGAGGUCGAUGAGCUUUUAGCAAAAGGAGUCAAUGUGACAAAUUAGAGCGGACAACUUGAUCUCAUCUGUUCAACCAAAGGAACUGAAGCAUGGGUAGCUAAAGCGGGAAGGCCUACAGACUUUUUUAAGCAUGAACAGAAGUCCAUUGUACUGUGGGGAUGAGAAAGGUACAAAGGGGUUCAUCAAGUCCUUGAGGAAUUUACACUUCUACUGAAUCCUUAAUGCUGGCCACUAUGUAAGUCAAACACCAAUUCACAGACACAGAAUCAUGUUCUGGUAUACAGAAUUUUGAAUUUUUUUAAUCAUACUAAAAAUUAAUUUUAACAAAAUUAUCAUGAUCAACAAGGUGAACCAACACCAAAAUUAUUUUUUACUACUAAGCUAAAAGUAAUUAAAUUCAAAUGUGAUAAUCAUAUUAAGUAAGCGGAUAUUAUGUUUAACAAGAAUCAGUGACUGGACAAUAAAUAGCAAUGUGUGAUAAGAGCACGAAUGUUUAUUAUAAGAGCACGAAUGUUUAUUAUGAUAAUUAUUAUACGUUUUUAGUAGUGUGUGUCCACUGCAUUUUAUAAGUUUAACUUAUUUUGAUUGGUUGUCACUUCUUAAUAAUGGUGGAUCCCUACAUGUACAAAAACUAAAUUAAUCAAAAUAAGCUAAAUGUAUAGAAUUUAAGGGUUGUUUGGGAGUGCUGUUAAAAGUUGUUGUGCUGUCAGAAUAAGUGUAGUUGUAGAAAUGAGAUCGCGGUUUGACAAUUUUUUUUUUUGAUAUUUGCAUAUUUUGAGUUAUAAUAUAAAAAAUAAUAUUUUUGAUGAGUUUUGACAGUGAAAUCUAUGAUAGCUUUCGGCUUUGAGUUAUAAAAAGUUGUUUAGCAAAACUAUUUUUACGUUUGUCAAACAAUUUUUCAACUACUUCCAGGGCAAAAAGCUGUUGUUAGUGCAUGUAACAACAAUGCCAAACAAUAUAUUAGUGUUUAAUAUAUGCCCCAAACAAAUCGAUAAUUAUAUUAAUUGAUAGAUAAUAUUUGUUUGUGGAGGUUGACAGGCACCAUUGGAUCAGCCAUGUGCUUGGCUCAACAUGUUGGAUAAUAUUAUGCACCAUUAAUGAUAAACAAUAAUAGUGGCAAUUGUGAAUUUCGAAAAUAAUUGGGUGGAGUCUGAGAGCAUCUUUUUAUUUAAAGUUUUAUGUAAAAAUAAGAAUUGGUGUGUGUUAAAUAUGUUUUACCAAUAUAAGAACAGAUAUAUUUUGGGAAAAAAAAUAAUACUAUUGAAUUCUUUUUUCCUACCAUUCCCGUCUUUCUAGCAAAUUUCGACAAUGAAGUUUAUAUUAACAUUUUUUAAACACAUAGUUAAAGAUGAAAAAAUGAAUUUAAAUAAUCAUGAUUUGAAUGGGUAUUAUUCAAAAGAUGAAUUAGUGUCUAUCUUAUUUCUUGAACAAGGGUUCCGUCAAAAUUCAAUUAUGAUAAAAUUUCAAAUAAAAUUAUAUUAGUUACAACAUAUUUGUGUAUGAAAAUAUGCAUAUAUAUAUAGGCAGGUGCUCAAAUGGAAACCACAUACCUAUGUGAGAUAUGAGAACUAAUCUUAGCCAUAUAUUCAAUCUAAUCUAACGGCCCCGCCAGGGGCAGCACACGGAAAUACAAUAUACCCUCACACACACAACCCCAGCUAAUCCUUGCUCUUUUUAAUUUGAUUUUUCCCGUCAAUCGAUAAACUUUUUUCAAAAUCCAACUUCACUGAAUUUUUAUUCAUCUCUCAACGAUCAAUUUUAAUGAUUCAUUUUGCUUAUCAUUAUUUUGUUCAUUUCCGUCAAAUUGUUGACUAGUGGUUGGCUAAACAUAAGAAUAAUACUUUCCUUUUAUUUAUUUUAAAAAUUAAAAUACAUGGGAAAAAAAAAGCACACAUAUUCAUCCAAUCGUAUUUCGUAUCCUUAUUUUAGUAAAUGAUAUUCCUAAGAUUUAAUUUCAAAAAAUUAAUUUGAAUUAUUAAUUAAAAAUAAUUAAAAUUGAAAUUAUUAAUAUUAAAUAUUUAAAUAAGGCUAAUAUAAUAAUUUCACUUGCCAGCAAUGUUUCGUUGUGGGUAAUGACAAAUCUUAUCCGUUGAUUUAUCAACAGUCUAGAUUUGUUGGUUGAAUUGCCCUUUUCUUUACUUGUUACCAAGCUUCGUAUAUUUCAAUCGUUCCCCUUUUCUCGAGUCCAUUUCAAUUGUGACAGCUCCGACCUCUCUAUUUCCUUGGCUAAUCUCGGUAACACACUAAAACUUUAAUAUCUUCUUUUUAAUUAGUUUAUAUUGAAUGUGAUGUCUCUUAUAAAUUCAUAUAGCAUAGAUAGUCUUUGAUGUGCUUAUAUGUGGUCUCACCAUCUCUGUUUUGCCAAAUAUGUAUAUGAUGGCGAUCGUAUCUUUUUAUUUGUAUAUAAAAAUCCUCAAUUGUUGUUGCAACGUAUGUUUCCUUUUUCACUUUAAUUAUAAUUAAUCCACUCAUUUAUUUCCUCUUGUUGUUUGUUAUGUCUUAAAUUGUAUAAUCUUAAUCGGAGAGUUGUCUUUGAUUAUGUUCACUUUACUUGAUUGGUUCAUUAGUUUUUUCUUAUGGUUAUUUUUGGAUCUUGAAUACACUGAUAUGCCUCAAUAUGGUGUUCAAGGGAGCAUGCUAUACACUUGUCAAAAAAAUAUGUAUGCACAAUAUAUUGUUAAAGGUUGUGAUUUUAACAUGUGCUUUACGUUUGUGGUUGGAUUGGAAGACAAUGUCAAUGAUAGCUGAAUUGUGACCGGGGCUUUAUGUACUCCUGAUCUAAAUUUCCCACAUUCACAAAAGAAAUAAAUAUUCUUACGAUUUAAGUUGCCCACAGAUGAAAGGAUAGGAUAUAUGGUUCACCUUUAAGAUUUCUUUCAGACUAUUGGUAGCAAUGCUCGUUGAAAUCCAAAAGAAUGUUUUGAUUAUCUUCAUUUAUCAUGUAUAUGAAUAUCAAACAAACAUUUGUAGCGUGGAAUGCUAGGUUAACUAUUUUAGCAAACAUUUCAUCUCAAUCAGUAGUUAUAUUAAAAAUGAAGAAAGAUAUGGGUGAUGACACAUUUCAAGUUUCAAAUAUUUGUGGACAAAUAACGAGACAACUAAGUGAUUUAAUUACUAUUAUAAUUUGUUACAGAGCAUUGCAAGAAUGAAUUUCUUAAAUCUUAACUUGUGUGGGAUGUGAGAAGUUAAUAUUCUCUGGUGACACCUUUCUUACUCAUAUGUGACCUGUACAAGUUUUCCAAAUUAAUAAUAGACAAAAAGAUAACUAAAAUCUAAUUAUUAUAAAAACAAUCCUUUCAUAGUUUACUUCAAUUCUUUUCACUAGUUGGUUGUUGAACUUUCAAGCUUCUAAGAAUUAGUAAACAUUGCCUCUUACUCUCCAAGGUCCCAUUGUAGUCUUGCUUGUUUGUAAAGUAUGACAAAACCUUAUCUCUUUUUUCGACCAAUUUUUGAAACACAAAAUCUAGUUGGCUAUAACAUUUUGUCAAUGCCGACCCAAAAAAUAACAUUUUCUCAAUUUUAUAACUUCUUGAUACUAAAACAUUCCAAACCACGUUUACUAUCAUGAAGAAUUUUGAACAGUAUGCCUCCAAACAUUAUGUCAAGGUGUCUUCGAAGCAUAUUGUGUAAUAUUGGCAUAAACCUUCAUGUAAUUGUAACAUCUUUUAUUCUUUUUUUGGCCAUGACAUUAAUUUUAAAUCUUGAAAUAUGUUUCUAUCAAAAUUUCCGCGAACCUUUUGUCAAGUUCUCUAUAGGUUUUGUCAGAGCAAACAUUCUGUCUUAUUCUUCUUCGCGCCAUGUUUAUUGUUACAUAAAACAUUUGAUCUUGGAAAACCUUAUGUGGUGCUUCUUGUAAACUUUUUCACUGAAUAUGUCAUUUAAUAGGAACCUCACACUGUCCAUUAAACAUUUUGUUAUCGACUUUGUUGAAUAAAUGAUAAUGCACUUAUAUAAGUUGCAUCUUAUUUUAAGUCUAGACAAUAGUUUUAUGGGAAACUUAUUGUUAUUUUUACUAGAGUUUGUAAAGUUGCCCUUGAUCAAAAGUUACUAUUACAAAAUACAUAUUAAUUGGCAUAGAUAAUAUUUUUUACCCGGCCUUCCUCUGACCAAGUAAAUUAACUAACGUUACACGUCAAGUAUCAUUUCAUCUUAGCAAUUUGAGGAAUAGCCAUAAUUUCUAACAGUAGUGAAAGAACAAAAGGAUAUGCUUUCUUAUUUCCUGGCUUCCUCUUAUUAACAAUUUACUUUUUUAAAAAAAGUUUUAGAGAUUUCCUCCAAUAGGUGUAAUCUUUUUGUUAUAUUAAUUUUUUUUUCUUAAUAUCAAGAUUGAGAAACCUCCCCCACCAAAAAAAAAACUAUCUAUAUAUUGGCAAUAUGUUAACAAUUUUACAUUGUUCAAGUAGUUGUUAUCAUUUGUCGUAUUUUGUGAUUGAUGAAUCUUGUAUUACCUUGAAGAUUGUAAUAAUUGGGUUAUUGUCGAGUAUACAAUGUGAUUCAGUUAUUAAUUAUUUGAUUCAUUAUUCUGAUAUCACAAUUUAUUUGGAUUUGACAGAUGUUGUUUUAUAUUGAUUUUGUGUUGAUGAAGAGAUGGAUAAGUUUUGUCGAACUUUUAAAUGUUGUAUCUUGAACUGCAUAGGAAAUGGCAACAAUGGAACAGCUACCCUAUGAGCUACUGUAUCAUAUUAUACUUUUGUUGGUGCAGUCACCAGGCGGAGCAGUUGCAUUUGCAAGGAUAAUAUCUGUUUGCAAAAUGUUUCUUUUGUUUGCAGAAGACAAGCACAUCCUUAAGCUUGUCAACUUCGACCUUAGGAUGAAAUUUAAGAACUUUUAUCGGUAUCAGCACCUUAACAGUCUGCUAAUAAAAUGUUCUGGAGCUGGAAAUGAAGCUGCUCGCUUUUUGCUCGGAAAGGUAAUACUGGUCAGCUCUUCGCAGCUGAGUGUUAGUAAAUGGCUAAAAGUCGAACGGGAUACCCAUCCUUGUGAUGAUGUAAAACUCUGCGACAUAAAAUUUAUUCUUGCCACAGAUGUUCCCGGUUCUGACCGUAAAGUUGGUUCUUUCUUGACCUACUUUUUGCCGGAAAAUUUAUCUGCUGGUAGAUUUUCACAGACAAGAUUGGUUCAUUACCAGCUUGUGAAAUUGUUUUUGUCUAAGGGAAGCCAUCAUGACUUCAUUAAAAUGGAUAUAUUCCUAAGAAGUUAUAUAAGGUACUUUACCAAAGUUGGAGAAUAUAGCUGCGUAUUCGGCUACAUCAAAGUACUUGUCUCACAAGCUCAUCAUGUCAGAGCAGUCGAAAAACUGGUCAAGAAGAAAGAAUUAUUUAUGGACACCUACAGGGAGCUGAGAGCUGUUCAUCUUCACCCAUCAGGAUAUUCUUCAGCGCGAAGAUACCUUAUGAUGAAUUCUGUAACUCUUUUCUAUUGUUCCCAACUCGUUGAUAGAUGUAGAACUCUUGACUUGAAUUGGCGAGAGGCAAUAAAUGACGAAGAUUUUGCAGAGGAAUUUUGGAGGAACGGUGCGAGCCACCUGUUGGAUAAAGAAUACCUUGUUUUCAACCAAGUCCGAGCAGCGGCAGUUAACUGUUUUGAACGUGAUUUGUAUAAGUUUAAACAUUUUAUUCAAGAUUUGUAAACUUUUGCAGAGUCAGGACUGGUGUUCUUUUCUAAUGUAUUGAAACUUGAGACAUAUACAUUUGCAAACUCUUAGUGUGACUUUUGCGCUCCCCGGAUGUUAAAAGGAUUGUUGUUGGGGUUUGAUCA